AGUUUCAGAGUGCAAGGUAGUUGGAUGAUGGAGUGAGAGGAAGUUCCUGUGGGAAGGCAUUUAUUGGAAUGUGGGUGGACAGUGUCCUUGUCCUGCUCAUUUCAAUUGGGACAGCUCUCCUUGGUGAGCUGCUCACAUGGGGUCUUGUCUAUCGCACUGAGAAGUAUCAAAAGCUCAAAGCUGAGGUGGAUCGGCAGAGCAAACGCCUUGAAAGAAAGCGAGAGGCCCAUGGCGAAAUGGUGGAUCGACAGGUAAAGAAGAAGAUGGAACGGGAGGAGGAGCGGCUGAAAGCCAACAGCCGGGACCUUCAGUUCGUUAAGAUGAAGUCCAUGAUGGCGAUAGGUUUUGUAUUCACAGCUCUACUCUCCACGUUCAACUCCAUCUUUGAAGGGCGUGUGGUGGCAAAGCUCCCAUUUGUGCCAAUUUCCUGGCUCCAGGGCAUCUCCCACCGCAAUCUCAUGGGUCAGGAUCCUACUGAUUGUUCAUUCCUAUUCCUGUACAUCCUCUGCACCAUGUUUGUGCGACAGAACAUCCAGAAGCUCCUUGGCUUUGCUCCGUCUCGUGCUGCCUCCAAACAAGGCUACUCCUUCCUCUCUUCGCAACAGUUGCAGAGUAGUGUUAAGUGUUGGAUCCAAGAAGAACCGAGAGAGAUGACAGCAAUGUUACCAGACACGAGGUACCUAUACAACAUGGUGGGUCUGGUGACAGAUAUCAUAGUCCCAUGCAAGGCAAUCCUGAUGUUCCAGCCAUAUAAUGACAUGGUUGGGGAGCGAGCCCUCCUCUUCUCCAACAAGCUUAUCGUGAAUGAAUCAUAUUUACCCGAAUUCACCUCUAUCACUCCUUACGUAAAUAUCGGCGACGAGAUCGGAUUCGACUGCCACCGCCUAGAUGAAGAGGGCCCUGACCACUGCGGCUGGUAUGUCAUGAAGGCCUGGUAUGGGGACCGGCCUUCCGCUGCCUCCAUCACCGGUAACUUGGGUUACCUGACGCUGGAGGACAGCGGGUUAUUGCCAGCAAGAAAGACCGAGCUGCAGAGCAUGACGGGGAUGGUGGCCGAGCUGGCCCCCCGCAAGGGUGUCAUCACCUUCGAAACCAUCGCCGGAAGCGAGCGGGUGUUCUUCCUCGCUUCCAAGGUCUACCUCUACGGGAAGCGGCUGCCGACUAAGCAGCAUCUCUCGGGUUUCCUGCACGAGGGAGACAUAGUCCAGUUCGAUGCCUCGCCCAUGCUCGAGGGCAUGCAGAACAUGGAGGACGAGAGCUGCACCUGGUUCGCCAAGCUCGUGUGGAAGGGGAAGCGUCCCCUGUCGUUCGUGGCGCCCGAGACCAAGAUCCUCAUUCAGGAUCCAAACCGUCGGGGUGCCGACGAGAGCGAGUCGGAAUCCGAUUCCGAUGAGCUUCGACCCGAUCGCACCACAACUUCCCUCAGCUUCCUUUUCUCCAGCAACAAAUGGGGCAGUCGACCUGCCGAGGGUUACGGGAUCGUCCAGGCGGCGAACUCGGAGCUGGGGAUCCUGCUGUUCCAGCUGACGGAGCGGCUGUACGAGACCGUGCUCUUCCGGCGCCGGGACGCCUUCCUCUUCGAUCAGCGUCUCGCGGGGAAGAACCUGGCCGAGGUCUUCCGACCCGGGUACCGAGUGUCUUUCGAGGCGGUGAAGGCCCCGCUGGAUCACCCUUGCAAGUGGAUCGCCACGAAGGUCUGGUUCGACGACGAGUGAUCACGCGACGGCUGAAUCUCAUCUCUAGUCCAAGUUCGUCCUUCCUCUGGUAAGUCUCGUUCCAUGAUGUCCUCCGCGAAUUUCCCAGGAC